UGUCCAAGCUGGCUGACUGAUUUCUCCCAGGUCUGAAGCCAUGCAAACAUUAUUCAGGCUUUUGAUUCCGCCACGUUGAAAAAAGAUAGUGUAAGCGCAAGCUUCCUGUGGCAAAGCAGAUACCAGCGAUUCAUGCCGAAAUGGUAGGCGAUCGGGAAUCCAGAAGGACAAAGAUGGCUACCCUCAUCUUGGUGGUACUUGCAUCCAUUUGUGGCCUCACAGCACCUGUAGAAGGUGCUGCUGUACCAAAAUGGAGCGCCGGUGAAUUGAACGCACCAAUUUUGUUCCGACAUACAUUGGGCAGUCACCACGCUGGUUUCCUUAUCUUCGGCCCUUCAUUGAACAAGCCCAUCACUAAAAUCACAGUACACUGCACAACUACUGGAACAGCGCCGCAUGUCACUGUCUCUGGCCACGCCAACAGCAUCAUCCAGAACUACAGGCCAAUCGCGCAGGUGAGCGUUACAGGUCUACAGCCGAGGACGGAGUACGUGUGCUACUACACCGCAUCCAACAUGUUCGGGACUAGCAUGCACAGCGAAGUAGGAGCGCCUUUCACCACCUACUCGCCUCGCUGGUAAUCUGGAUGCUGGCAAUGGAGAUCGUCGCUGGGGAGGCACUGUCAUCUUCUAGCUUCGGGUGUUCAGUGAAAUAGCUCAAGUACCAGCCAGCCGAUGCCAAUUGCCUGCUGUUUACCACAAGACUUGUCUGGUGGUAAUUAUAAGACCUCCGGCUAAUAUAUAUUUUGAUUAUAUCCUAACCCUUUCUUCCUGUUUGGUAUCUAUUUGAUAACCUUUAGAUAUUGCAACCACAAUGUCUGAUAACCUUUAGAUAUUCCAAC